GACCACAUUUUGAUUUUUAAAAUACAACUUAGAAAGCCAAUUAUAUAAAGGAUGUAAUUAGCUAAAUAAGGUACAAAAUAUUUUCCCAUUGAACAUGUAAAACAAAAGGAAAUUAAUUAUUAUUCACAAGGAAACAGAAAGAUAUUCACUAAAUUUAGAUAAGUAUUAACACCUAAUAAAUUACUAUUACAUGGAAAAGAUAUAUUAGCUCAAACAAAAGUCUACGGUUUUACAAAACGGUCGAAGUCGUUUUAACUUAUACUCAAAUUUUAACAAUUUGGGUAUUAUUUUGUUAAGGAGAAACAAAUAAAUAAAUGAGAGAGAUUCAUGGUUUCCACCAUCACCAGUUCACCACCACCUAAUAAGAAGCGGGAUUUAAGCUGCGUUUACAAACAACAGAGUUCAAAAAAAAAAAAACUAAUUAUCCACCACAAAUUUGGAGAUUAGUUUGUUUGUUAUACACGCUUCUUCUCUUUCAUUCAAAAGCUUUUAUUCAUCUCCUUUGAUCUCAAGCUUCACAGGUCGUUAUUUGAUUUCUGAAUGAUGGCAACGAAGUCUAGUACAGGGAAAACGAAACCUGACAACCAAAACCUCACCAGGUCAAGAUCUCUUGGCAGAAAGCCAAAGCCUGAAGCGAACGCAGAUGGGUCUGGUCGGAAACCAGUUGAGAAGUCUUUACCCAAUUACCUGAAACCAACAAUAAGCUCAAGACCAGACCCGGUCAAGUUCUCGAAGAAGAACAACGCUGUAGAAGACAAGCUUCUUCGUAGACGAUCCUUUGAUCGUCCUCCUUCACCAUCCCAGAAAUUUCUCAAUACCUCUCCUCUUGUACGCCCACGAGAUAGACCCGUUGUUCCAAGAGAGAAGUCUGUCACUGGUCUGCGCUCUGCAUCUUUCCACGGAAGCGGAAGCAGCAGAGGUGGUCUCAGAGGAAGCAGUUUGGUGGCGUCGAGAGGAUCUCCGGGGGUAAAGAAGAGUGGUUUAAGCGGUGCUAGUUCUUCCAAGAGCAAAAAGGAAGGUUCUGAGAAUGUUCCAAAGAAAUCUUCUCCUGUUGCGCCUCCUCUCGAGAAUGAAGAGGAGAUUAUCAAGGUUGAGACCCAUGUACAAGUUUCUGAUCACAGAGAAGAAGGUAAAGCACAGGUUGCACAACUCGAUGAAUCUGAGGAAGAGAAGAUCCAUCCAAUGGAUGUCUCCACAGAAGAGGAUAAAACGGAAGAGCAUAAAGAACCAGAGAACAACAGUGAAGACAAGGAAGACGUUGAAAAGAAGGUUGAUGAUGAUGAGGAGAAUAAGAAGACAGUUGUUACUCAAGAUAUGAAAGAAGCUGCGGAUAUCGAAGAAACUAAGGAAGAGGAAGAAGCAGAAGUAAAAGAAGGAACAACAGAAACAAAGGCUCAAGUACCAGAGGAAGUAACAACGAAGGAAGUGGUGCAAGGGAAGAAGGAAUCUCCAACAGCCUACAACGAUGUAAUAGCAAGUAAGUUGCAAGAGAGCUCUAGAAAGAACAAGGUCUUGGCUCUUGCUGGAGCCUUUCAAACCGUUAUUGACUAUGAAACUGCUGCUUCUAAGUGAUACAUUACAGACAAACACUGCGUCUUGUUAGCUUUCCUAUGUCAGUGCUUUCAUCGUUUUUCCUGUUUUAUUGGAUAAAUGACUCA